AUGUCCCGACAGCGUGCGAGCAGACCAAAAGUGCGUUCUGGCUGCCUUACGUGCAAGGCUCGUCACGUUAAAUGUGACGAGGAGAAGCCCGUGUGCGCCCGAUGCCUGCUCGGCGGGCGGACCUGCGCGUAUGGUACGCCUAAAUCAUGCUCUGUCGUCAUUGUACCGCUACCACGCACCCUUGCCCCAUCUCCAGAGGUCGAUUCAACCACUGCGAAAGCCUUGGAGCUAUUCUUUCUGCGAACGGCUCCACAGCUUGCCGGCAACUUUCAACAAACCUUCUUCCAGGGUAGUGUUCUGCAACUCAGUCUCAGCGAGCCUGCCAUUCGUCAAGCAAUCGCGGCCCUCGGCUGUCUCCAUGAACAUUCCACGGCAGAUAAUCUCCAAUCUUCACGUCGAAAUGCCUUAAUACCGGGGCUGCCAAUCAAAUUAUAUAAUAAGGCCAUCCGGUCGCUGAUAGAAAAGCUCGCGACAGAUCCUCAUAAUGCCCAAAUAGUUGCGAUCGUGAAUAUACUCUUCAUAUGCUUCGAAUACUUCCAGGGGAACCUCGAAGCCGCUGCAGCGCAUAUCAGAAGCGGGAUCAACCUUUUAAACUGCUGGCGUCAAAAUAGUCGCAAACAAUUAAGCCGGCCAUGGGGCCAGCAAUACGAUUCAAAAGAGGCCAACUUCAUGGAAACGGAGAUUGGGCCACUCCUUUCACUCUUCAACAUCAAUUCUUUACAAUGGGACGCAGACACACACACCACCUUAUUUCUAAACCCAGUCGACGACGAGGGAAACAUUAUUCUACCCGAAAAGUUCUACUCGAUCGAGGAAGCCAGGGCCACUCUUCUUGACUUAAUUGCGUCUGCAACCUUGCAUUUCCAACAAUACGAUUUAUUUUCAAAGCAGCACGGCCCCUCCGACACGCAACUAUCUAUCCUCCACGAGCUUGUGGCAUAUGAUAGGGAGCAGUGGAACUCCAAAUUCGACGAUUUUGUUCGCUGCAAGGAGCACACAUGGAACGAAAGCGAGCAGCGAGCAGCCGACACCGUAAGAAUUAUGUCCUUCGGCUUUGACUGCCAGAUCGGCACCUAUCAACAACAACGAGAAACCGUCGCCAUGGACUGGGACAUCAACCGCUCUGAGUACGAAUCAGCUGUGAUGACACGACUAUCUCAUUUAUCGUCCGAUGCCACCCAAUCUACCGAUGAUUUGUCGAAAGCCUUCAGUUUAGAUUUCGGAAUGGCCUUCCCCUUGCAUUCCAUCGCUUGGAGGUCGACCUGGUCACAUACUGAUCGCCAUGGACUCGAUCUGCGAACUCGUAUUGCUCAACCCGAGUUACUUCAAUGUACAAAACCUUACAACUCAAUCUCAUCUCGGAUGAAAGAGCUCGAAGAAUUGUAUCAGGAUUGGUCUCCGGAGACGGCUCUUGCGGAGGGUCACCCACCUCCGAGGCGAGUUUGCAUUCACGAUUUCAGUGUGGCCGGCGCUUCUCAAGUGCAGCAGGGACAAUCUCCUUCAUUUUCCGUAACCUUCUGGAGCAAGCCGGAUGGACCGCGGGGACCUUGGUACUGCUUGACGGAGGUUAUGCAAUUAGGACCUGGGAUGCUCACAGAAAGUCUUGCAGCGUCCUGA